GACCACGCGAGACAGUCGUAUUGCGUGCUACUGCAGAGCCGUGCUCUUGAAUACCGCAACGGUGUAAACUGCCUCAGUGCCUCAACUGUCAGGGACUUUCGGAUCAACCCCAGACUAGCCCCAAUGUAGCUAGAGGGCUGCGUCGGCUGCCCCUGAGCAACAGCCGUGAUUGGGCGGCAGAGCCAAAAAGCCGGAUCUCAAAAUCACCUCCUUUCCCGUCGUUCGUCCAUCCAUCGUAUUCACUGCGUAUUCACAUUCUUCGCUUCUUCCUUGUCGUUCUUUCCCAAGCACUCCAGGUUGUCUCGUCGUUCUCUCGUGGUUAUAAAGACCAUCAAUCUGCGAGCCGACAGUCGUUGUUGUGCUCUUUCAAUUCUCACUCCAUUCCCGACUCCCUGAGACCCUCUCCCGGUUGCCCCCUUUUUUAACACAAAACCAAUUCCUCUUUCACACCUCAAUCCUCAAUUCGACAAUGGCUCCCUCUUCCCUAGAGAAGGAAAACCACCAGCGUGAUGCUGACUUCAACCGUGCCCUCCACGGUUCCUCCGCCGAGGCUCAGGGUGGUUUCGCUGCCAUGCGCCAGAAGAGUGCCGCUGCGCAGAAGGCCGCUGUUGAUGAGUACUUCAAGCAUUGGGACAACAAGUCCGCGGAGGUUGAGACAGAGGAGACUCGUGCUGCCCGUCGCGCCGAGUACGCUACGUUGACCCGACACUACUAUAACCUUGCUACCGAUCUCUACGAGUACGGAUGGGGUACAUCUUUCCACUUCUGCCGCUUUGCCUACGGAGAGCCCUUCUACCAAGCCAUCGCCCGCCACGAACACUACCUCGCCCACCAAAUGGGUAUCAAGCCCGGCAUGAAGGUGCUUGAUGUUGGCUGCGGUGUUGGCGGUCCUGCCCGUGAGAUUGUCAAGUUCACCGAUGCGAACGUGGUUGGUUUCAACAACAACGACUACCAGAUCCAGCGUGCCACUCGCUAUGCGGAGCGUGAGGGCCUGAGCGACAAGCUGAGCUUCGUCAAGGGUGACUUCAUGCAGAUGCAGUUCCCCGACAACUCAUUCGAUGCUGUCUACGCUAUCGAGGCCACCGUUCACGCCCCCGAGCUCGUCGGAGUCUACAAGGAGAUCCAGCGUGUGCUCAAGCCUGGUGGUAUUUUCGGUGUCUACGAGUGGCUCAUGACCGACGAGUACGACAACGAGAACCCCGAACACCGCAGAAUCCGUCUUGGUAUUGAACAGGGAGACGGUAUCUCCAACAUGGUCAAGGUGUCCGAGGGCCUGGCUGCCAUUGAGGGCGCUGGCCUCGAGCUCCUCCACCACGAGGACCUGGCUGAUCGCCCGGAUGCGAUCCCCUGGUACUACCCUCUUGCUGGUUCAUUCAAGCAUAUGACCUCGCCCUGGGACUUCUUCACCAUUGCCCGGAUGACGUGGUGGGGCCGUGGCUUCGUUCACCGUUUCGUCGGCUUCAUGGAAACAUUCAAGCUCUUCCCCCGCGGCACACAAAAGACCGCCGACAGUCUGGCAUUGGCUGCCGACUGCCUUGUUGCCGGUGGUGAAAACAAACUGUUCACUCCCAUGUUUUUGAUGAUAGGAAAAAAGCCAGAGUAACUGUUUUAAGCUGGACUUGAAGGUCGACGGCAAUUGUUUGUUGUUGGCUGCCACCUGGAUAAAACCGUCCACGGCCACAAUCAUACCUUCAGUCAAAAACCCGAUACUGGCAUGAAUGUACAAUGACUUUGCAUGUGCAGGCGGUCUAUUAUAUUUAAUAAUUGUCCAUUUCUCUUCUCUUCUGUGUGUUUAUUUCAUUUGUUUUACCGUUACGGGCCGUACGAGACCGGAGCAUGUGGCUAUGGUUAUGAUGUAUCUCUAGAUUAAUAGAUCAAAAAACAUUUUCCAUUGCGCGCACAA